AUGUCUUUCGACGUUCGAGCCGGUCUCGUCAUCUCUCUUGCGUCUAUUUUUGACAUGGACGUAAAUAAGUAUCGGCAAGUCCUAUAUAAAGACCAUUUGUCGGAGAUGUUCGUACCCUACAUGGACCCAGUUAGUGAUGAUUGGUACUCUAUCACUUACCUUGAUUGUGGUGACUUCGGUUGUGGUCAAUCUGCGGUGUCUCUUGAGCCGUAUACUGAUUGUCCCACGAAUGCUGCUUUCAUGGACGGUAUUUUUGCAAGCCAAGAUGGAACUCCUACAAAAGUAUCCAAUGUUAUGUGCAUUUUUGAAAAAUAUGCGGGAAACAUUAUGUGGCGACAUACCGAAGCUGAGAUUCCGUGGUUAAAAAUCACUGAGGUGAGACCUGAUGUAAGUCUUGUAGUCCGGAUGGUUACAACUGUGGGCAACUACGACUACAUAGUCGACUACGAGUUCAAACCUAGUGGUUCUAUCAAAGUGGGGGUCGGUUUAACCGGUGUUCUAGAAGAUAAACCUGUGGAAUAUGUUCACACAUCAGAGAUCAAAGAAGACGAUAUCUAUGGGACCAUUGUCGCAGAUAAUACCGUCGCAGUCAACCACGACCAUUUCGUGACAUUCCGUCUUGAUCUUGACGUCGAUGGUAAGGACAAUUCAUUUGUCCGUACCAAACUUGUGACCAAGAGGACUCAAAAAUCUGUCGGCACACCGAGAAAAAGCUAUUGGACAACGAAUCGAAAAGUUGCAAAGACCGAGGCAGAGGCUCGGGUGAAACUUGGACUAAGAGCGGAGGAGCUGAUGGUGGUUAACCCUAACCGGAGAACGAAGCAUGGCAAUGAGGUUGGAUACCGUUUACUUCCUGGGACGGUUUCAGGCCCCCUUCUAACCCAAGAUGAUUACCCUCAGAUUCGGGCAGCAUUUACCAACUACAACGUAUGGAUCACCCCCUAUAACAAGUCGGAGGUUUGGGCUAGCGGUUUGUACGCCGAUCGUAGCCAAGGCGACGACACGUUGGCUGUAUGGUCCCAAAGGAAUAGAAAAAGAGAGAAUAAAGAUAUAGUGAUGUGGUACACCGUCGGAUUCCACCAUGUUCCAUGUCAAGAAGAUUUUCCGACAACGCCUACGUUGUCUAGUGGCUUUGAACUCCGGCCGGUCAACUUUUUCGAGCAAAAUCCUGUCCUCAAGACCAAACUUAUCAAACUCACCACCACUCCAAAGUGCACUCCUUCUAAGAACAAUUAA